AUGACUGCUUCCGUACCCAGAAAAACAGUAAACUUCAUAACCGGCAACCAAAACAAGUUGGCCGAGGUUAAGGCCAUUUUGGAACCUGCAAUCGAAGUACAGAGCCAAAAGCUCGACCUGAUCGAAGUACAGGGCACCCUUGAGGAGGUGACGCUCGACAAGGUCCGUAGGGCCGCCGAGCAGGUCGAAGGACCCGUCCUGGUUGAGGACACAUGCCUAUCCUUCAACGCGCUCAAGGGUCUUCCGGGUCCCUACAUUAAAUGGUUCAUGCAGUCGAUCGGCCAUGAUGGCCUCAACAACCUUCUGGUGGCCUAUGAGGACAAGUCAGCCCAGGCGGUCUGUACAUUCGGCUACUCAGCAGGUCCAGGAAGCGAGCCUAUUUUGUUCCAAGGAAUCACCGAGGGCAAGAUCGUUCCCCCACGAGGGCCUCCAUAUUUUGGCUGGGAUGCCAUCUUCGAGUACGAAGGCGAAACGUAUGCCGAGAUGGACAAAGUAAAGAAGAACAAGAUAUCACACAGAGGCAAGGCUUUGGAGAAGCUUCAAGCAUGGUUCGCUGAGCAGAACUAA